AUGUCCUUCAAAACAGUCUUCUCCGGGAUCGCCGCCCUCAUGGCCACCGCUGUCAUGGCCAACGACUCCAUCCCAAGUAGCGCUUUCGAGCAGGGAGGAGGUCUUGCCGCUGCCGUUGCCGCUGCCCCCAUGUACCAUUUCGGUCGAUCCUGGGACCGCGCCCCAUGCUACCCCGAAGCUGCGGAGACUGAUGGUGUCCAAACUCAGGGUGCUGACUCUGAUUUCUGCUUUGCAGCCCAAGCCGAAGGCUGCGCUGACCCAGGGCCCUGGAACGGAGCCAACUCGCCCGGAAAUGGAUUUCCCGUGUACUUUACCGUCCGUCAGUGCAACGACAACGAGUGGCGUGUCGCUUAUAGUAUCUACUUCAAGAAGGAUUCGGGUCACACGCAUGACUGGGAGAACUCGAUUGUCAUCUGGAAUGGCGACGGCAACGGCCAGUGGACACGUACGGGAACCCUCCUCGGGUGGCACAGCACUUGGGACUACAUCCAGUGGGACGCGAUUCAAAACACAGUAAAUGACGACGAUCUCUUCCUUCAGGGCGGCCAGAAUCUCAACCAUGCCAAGGUCUACCAGGGUUUCUACUACCAUGCAACCUUCUCGACAAGAAAGACAUCCCUCAACACUUGUGCCAACACCCGAGAAGAGUUUCGAUCUUGGGACUGGUAUUUCCUUCCCGGAGAGCACUGGCUGUACGAUGGUGAGCUCAUCCGGGAUGGGUGGGAUUGGGGGAGUGCUGAUACCAACCCCUCCUCUCUCCGCACUGAGGCCCGCUGGAUCUGCAGCCGAUAG